AUGGAACGAUCGUCAUCCCUCCUUCUAGAGAGUAUCGCCUUUAGCUAUUUAAUGACAGGCGCCCUGCUCAAAUCGCCAAUUGACGAUUUGGCUCAGUUCAUCCAAACUGUCUCAACCGUUGACGUUGAUGUUGCUGCAUCCAUACUCCAGCGCUUUUCCAUAGCUUCAUUCGGUCACAUGAGCUCUCGUAGUGACCGGCUAAAGCUGUAUUGCCGCAUCAUUACAGACGGCCCUUCGAAGGAUACUAGGUUAACUGCUAUAUCGAGCCUUUCGGAUGAGCUUGAAGCAAUUCAGGAAAAUGCAGAAGAAAGCCAUGCGGCUUUCAGCGAACUCGACUUCCUGGUAUCAUGGUCAUCUACGCUCCCCAUUUCAGAGAGCCCCGGUGAACCUCUAUGGGGCCGCAAAAUGACCGAUGCCACCAUCCGUCUUCAAGGAUGUCUACUUUCAUUACAUAUCAGGCAAAACCCCAACAUUCUAAGCUCCGACUCUACCGUUGUAGAACGUUUCAAUAAGCUUGUACAGCAACUAUCAGCUUCAAUGCGGGAUGAGACAGUGUUUACGACGAGAUUUGUGGCUGUAACCUCUUUAAAUUCCUUGGUUAUAGGCCUAAGAGCUGCAAAGCUACGAUUUUCCGAAACACCGAUACUCAUUGAUGUCAUGUUUGUGCUGUACGACAUGCUCAAUGAUGAUGAUGUUGAAAUCCGAGAGGCAGCUACUCUUGUAGCUUCCAAAGCUCUCGCGGAUGACUUGACGGUUUUCCGGCUUCCUGCUGCCUCUGCCUCUGCCAUCGCAGAUUUGUUAACCCGCCAAUACCGGGGGUCCAACCAAGUAUUUGAAGGUGCUCUUCAACGUUUCCUUGGAGAGCCUGGUCAGCAACGACUAUUUGUCCCUGUGGCUGAGACGCUAAACAAGGCUAUCAAUGAAUCAACACCGUUGUUCGCGGAGGAGAAGCAAAAUCUUUAUAUUGAUGAAGUUAGGGAGAUCAAGUUAUGGAGCCAGCAUCUUGUCCAACUUGAAAAGGCCGCCAUCAACUGCUCUCUAUAUAAGCAUUUCAGCACAUGGGUGAUGGAUGGUCUGGAUUCUCUAAUCCAACUGGCAGCAGACAAACCCAAGGACUCUUUGCUGGGCUGGACAUCAAAUAUGGAUAUCUUUGUGACUGGUAUUCGCACUCUUUAUGGAGCAAAGAUGCUUCUACUCACACAUAGAUCAGUUUCUAUAGAUGUCAACACUAUAAAACUAACCAACAAGCUCCAGGCUCUUUAUACCUGCACAUACACCUCAGAGUUGAAUCCAGCUUGGGGAUCCCUUCUAGAGGCUUUGUUGGCAGAGUUUAGGACAACUUCAUCAUAG